AUGCUGUCAUUGUCAGACUGGAUCACCACUCUUUCAUUGGUAUUCGGAGGCUGCUGCAGUAAUGCCAUCACCCUAGAGCACAUCACAUCUCGAUACCCGAACGCAGGCGUCCUGAUCACCUUUUUCCAGUUCCUCAUUGUUUCAUUAUAUGGACUACCCAAACAAUUUACAUUCAACGACCCUCCAGAAUCUAAACGUGCAGCAAAUGGACCAAAUGGCACUGCGUCUGCUCCUACAACACCGCGCAAAAGAUGGAUUCCUCGGCUGAAGAACCGAAAGGUACCUCUGCUACCUUAUUUCGUCCAGGUCGCAUUGUUCUUUGUACUGUCGACUCUAAACAAUGCUGCUUUUGCAUACCACAUCCCUAUGACCGUGCACAUCGUGUUUCGCAGCGGUGGUAUGAUCAUAAACAUGAUACUGGGAUGGAUCUUCACGAAGAACGCUGGCAUCAUAAUAACCACGCUCUCUGCUUCAAAACCCAAAUCUCGUGCUGCCGAAGUAGGCACACCUGACGUCUCACUCUACGCAAUGGGAAUCUCUAUCCUUGGCCUUGCCCUCGUCCUCUCAGGUUUCCUGGGACUCAUCCAAGACUGGGUCUUUGCACGAUACGUCACACCCGCUCAAGCUGAAGCUGCUUCCGACCCCGCAGAACAAUCUUCAUGGCAGGAACAUAUGUUCUACCUCCACUCUCUCGCUCUCCCUUUGUUCUACUUCUCCAAAGAUAACAUAUCCAUGGAGCUCACACGCAUGAGUUCUAGUCCGCCUGUUUUCCUUUCCCUACCGCAGUCAGGGCCUCUUGCACCAUACGAGGCAGGCCUCAUCGUGCCCUCUAUAUUUGUCUACCUCCUCUUGAACACGUGCACGCAGCUCGUGUGUGUCGUAGGAGUCAACAGGCUCACUGGGCGUGUAUCUUCACUGACCGUGACCCUCAUUCUUACUGUGCGCAAGGCCAUCUCGUUAUUGCUGAGCGUCGCAUUCUAUGGAGGACAGGGAAACACGGAGAUGUGGGCCGGCGCGGGAUUGGUAUUUAUUGGGACUAUCGGGUAUUCGACUGGAAGCAAGUCGAAAGACCCGAAGGAGAAGAAAGAUUAG